UACACACAAUAAAUUAUAUUGUCAGCAGACGGCCACAAUCUAUACCACCACCGGACAGAUCGCUCAGCGAGUGGAUGCUACGCCGCACAGCCUGUCUGAGACACCUCAAUCGACGAACCGCCGUAUACGGAAGCCGUACGGUACAGAGCUCCUUCGUCAUGAGUAAAUGCUGCUGCACCGCCACCACGACGAUCACAACACCCGUUCUGAAUUCAUCGCCCCCGCGCCACAACAGUGUACUGACCCUAAACGGCGGCAAGAGUAUGGCAACCGGCCGUACUCCCGCGUCGCCGCCGCCCCACAUCGUGGUCACUCCUGAGACUCGCGCGCGGAUCGAACAGCGCCAGCAGACGGCCUUUGACUUCUUUGACGAGACCCUGCAACUGUAUGGGGUGGAGGAGCUGAUCUUCUGCUUCAACGGCGGCAAGGACUGUACCGUGCUGCUGGAUCUGCUGAUGCGCUAUUGCCGCCAGCAGGGCAUUAGCAGCCGCGAAAUCCCCAUGCUGUACAUCAAGUCGGAUGACGCUUUUGCGGAGAUCGACGAGUUUGUGGCGCGCUGCGUGGAGCACUACAACGUCCAGCUAGUUGAGUACGAAGAGUCGUUAAAGGAGGCCCUCACCCACAUGUCAGCGGACAUGCCGCGUAUCAAGGCCGUAUUUGUGGGCAGCCGAAACACUGACCCAUACUGCGAGCACCUGUCCCCCAUGCAGCCCACGGACAAUGGCUGGCCGCCGAUGAUGCGGCUGAACCCGCUUCUGGAGUGGUCUUACCACGACGUCUGGCACUACAUUCAUAUGAACUGCGUGGCGUACUGCCCGCUGUACAACAAGGGGUACACCUCCAUUGGCUACAGGUCCAACACGGUGCCCAAUCCGCAUUUGAAACGCCUCGACUUGACCAGCCCCUGCAGCGGAGCGGAGGGUGACUAUCGACCUGCAUGGGAGCUGGCCGAUCCCACUCAGGAGCGAGAUGGGCGCGUGCAGAGGAAGUAGGUGGCCUCAAGAGGGACAGUACCGUUGAAAGUGCAUCAGCGAGGCGGUGGUGUAGGGCAAUACCUGCAUACCUUUUAAAUUAGUUAGUCACAAAUUGUAUAUAUAUAUAUAUAUAUUGCGUAUGGGUGUUUAGAUGCAUCGGCUAUUGACGAUCUACAAAUAUACAUCAAGUUUUUUUUAUA